AAAAACAGUUGUAAAAACGUUUGAUCUUCAAUUUCAAUACAGUUAGUCAUUUUCUUCCGCUGCUUAUCGACCUUCUCUCUUCUCAAGCUUUCUUGAAUUCUCUGAUCUUCAUUUUCUUGAAGGCAUUUGUUCUUGUUAUCAUGGUAUCAAGAGCCAUCGAUCGUGUGUGGGUUGGUGCUCGUCUGAAUCAUUGAUGGAAGUAUGUUGAUUUGCAUAUGUUUUUGGUGAAUUUGGGAAUUUUUUUGGCGAUUUGGAGGAUUCGUGUGACAAUUUGGGGAUUUCUAUAUGCAAUUACGGUGGAAUCUGCAGAAACUUCAGGUUCUAUAUUUCCAGCGCUUCAAUCUAUUAUGUUUUCUUGUAAUGAUUUUUUUGGGCAAUUUUGGUUUAUUUGUGUCUAUGCGAAGAUAGUAGUCUGUAUAUGUGAAGAUUCGAAGGUCAAUGCCAUUAUUAAGUAGUUGCUAUGCACUGGGUAGUUUUUGAGAAGGCCAAUGCCAUUACUCUGUGCUAAGAAGGGAUCUGAAGGCCAAUGCCAUUAAUUCCAGGAGUUUGAUUUAGUUAGACGUUUGAUUCUUGCAAAUUGUUGGGUAGUUUCUUGAUACGAUUUGUUCCAAGAUUAAUUCUUGUCGAUUUGUUAAAAGGUUAAUUGUUGGGUAGAUAUGGCUUCGUCUGUGAAAAUUGAAGGAUUGUUGGGUAUGUUGACGAUUCAACUUGGUGAGCACAAUUACGCCAAAUGGUCUUUUCAAUUCAAGGCUAUGUUAAAAGGGUACAAGUUGUUCGAUCAUUUUGAUGGUUCUGCUACUUGUCCAUCGAAAUUUGUGGUUAGUGCCGAAACUGGGGUUACCAAAGAACUGACUGUUGUUUUUCAAGAUUGGGAGACCACAGAUUUAUCACUAUUAAGUUUGUUAAUAGCAACGCUGACUGAUGAUGCUAUAGAGUAUGUGAUAGGUUGUAAGACUGCUGCUGAAGCUUGGACAAAUCUUGAAGAAAGGUAUGCAUCUGUGUCUCGAACGGGUGUCAAUCAUUUGAAAACGGAAUUACAUACAGUUCAAAAAGGUGGGGAUUCAAUGGAUAAAUAUUUGUUAAAGAUCAAGUCAAUAAGGGAUCAGUUGAUGGCUGCUGGGGAAUAUGUCUCAGAUAAUGAUGUGAUGAUUGCUGCUCUUGCUGGGUUACCUAAAGAAUAUGCAACUAUUCGGACUGUUAUACUUGCGAGAGAUUCUAAUGUUACUAUGAAGGAAUUUCGGGCGUUAUUAAUUGGGGCUGAAAGGGAAAAUGAUGUGGUGAUGACUCAACAUAUGGCUGCUCUGUAUAUGCAACACAAUGAUGGUGGUUCAAGUUCUUCUAUGUAUACCAAUGGUGCAUCCAGUUCAAAUUCCUCUGCCAAUGAGCCAUCACAUACAGGAGGUGUCAUUACAGCUACUCUUUUACCACCACAAAUGUCAUUAUUUCCACAGUCUCAAAUGGGGCAAUCUGCUUCUUUUCCAGAUCAGAAUUCUUAUGGCUCAGGUAGUGGUUUUGUUGGUAAUCUGGAGCAGCAUCCACAAGAUACCUCGAGGCAGUAUCAACCUUCAACACAGUUCCAUGGCACUCAACAACGGUUUAACAAUGGAGGACAAUCAAGGGGACAUAAUAAUUACAAAUCAGGAUUCAGAGGCAAAGGGUCUAAUUAUAGGAACAGUAAUGGUUGGAAUGGAAACACUGAAUCAAGAACUACUCUACAUCCGGAAUGUCAAAUUUGUCAGAGAAGAGGUCAUACUGCUCCUAACUGUUUUUACAGAACUGCUCAGAGUACUUCUCCACAUUUUAAUGCUGAAUGUCAGAUUUGUGGUAAGAGGGGACAUAGUGCACUGGAAUGCUAUCAUCGGGGAAAUUACUCCUAUCAACCUUCUGGACCUCCUGCCUCUCUUGCACCUAUAGUUCCUGGUCAACCUUCUAGGAUUUCUCAAUCACAGGGUUUUGUUCAACAGCCUCAGAAUUUUGCUGCUCAUUAUUCAUAUCAGUUGCAUCCAUCUACACUGCAAGGGAUGAAUGUUCAACAGAAUCCACCAAUUCCUGAUAUUUCAUAUCAAGUACAACCUGCAAUGCAAGGGAUGAAUGCUCAAGGGUCAACAUCAUAUUCCAAUGCUGCAAAUUGGAUUGUGGACACAGGAGCAUCACAUCGCAUGACAUCUGAUCUUGCUAGCCUACAUCAAGUUUCUCCUUAUGAAGGUUCUGAGAAAAUUAAAAUUGGCAAUGGUCAAGGACAAGGUGACAAGGGAGAUCUUGUACAACGGAAGGAGUAGAUCUCAAGAGUUGUUUCAGAUUCCUGUGUCAACAUGGACAGUUUCGAGUGCGUUUAUUGGACAGUUGAUAAAGUCUUCUCUUUGGCAUCAACGGCUAGGUCAUCCUACUAAUGAAGUCAUGGCAGUUAUGUUAGCUAAGUC